AUGCCGCGCCGGCGAGAUCCAACAAAGCAGGUCUCUCGCCGGAGCCACCGCGGCUGCCACCGCUGCCGGCUGCACAAGAUCCGCUGCGACGAGGCAAAACCUCACUGUGGGCCGUGUACUUCCCGUGGCUAUCCCGACUGCGUCUACGCGCAGAUCCUCAAGUGGGAGACUGACUACGUCGGCCGCGCCUUUGGGAGAGCCGGCGUGUGGUCGAAGUCCGGCGGUGGUGGCGCUGCCAAGAAGAAACCCGGCGCAACAACGCCGCCGACGGCGCCGGACUCUUCGUACUGGAGCCUACCCACCCGCGUCCACUCCUUCGGCUUUCUCAACACCUUUAUCACCGAUUUCGAGGGCGAGGAGUCCUCGUCGUCCUCCAGCGAUGACAGCUCCAACGACGACCGCAAAAACACGGCGCUGACUCUCAGGCGCAACAUCAGCCAUCUCACGCGGCCCGUGACUUACAUCCAGCUCGACAAUAGGGCAGAGUCGCAUUUACUAACGUACUAUCUCGAUCGCAUCUGUCCCAUGACGGUACCGUGCGCCAAAAACGAGUCCCCCUUUUCGGCCCUCAUUUUCCCCUUUGCCGUCUCAUCCGCCUCCCCUGCUCUCAUGCACGCCCUCCUCGGCCUCGCAGCCUCACACCGCGCCAGGUCAGACACCAGCUUCCAGCCCGUAGCUCUCAGCUACUCCGCCAAAGUCAUCCGCUCGCUCCGUCUGACACUGGACAGCAAAUCCUCAAUCGACAUCGCCGCAAGCUCGGAGAUCCUCGUGCUGAUGAUGCUUCUGUGCCAGCUGGAAAUCAUCGCAGAGUGUGACAAACGCUGGGUCACACAUCUACGGGGCGCGCGCGACCUCAUCCGGUUCCGGCGCCAAGGCCUGUCCUCCGACGCCGCGCGGGUGGCGGCGCGGCAGCAGAGCCCGUGGGAGCAGAUCAUCAAGUUCACGGAGCGCUACUUCGCCUUCUACGACGUGAUGGGGCGGACGGCCUGCGGCGAGGAGCCGAUCUUUGGCAACGACUUUUGGACGACGCAGGAGGACGAACUGGACCUCUGGAUGGGCUGCUCGCCGCACCUUGUCAGCAUCAUCGGCGAGAUCACGGAGCUCAGCUUCAAGUACCACCGCCUGUCGGCGUCGACGGCGGAGGACUGCUGGCAGGACCUGGAGAGGCAGCGGAUACGGCUGAUUGCAAUGCUGCAGCAGCCGAAACUCAAGUCUGACAGCGAGGACGAGAUUAUUCGCACAUCCGUUGAGAUGAAGCGGUCGACUGUGGAGUUGUACCUGCACUCCGCCCUCAAUGACACGAACCCCGCCACGCCCGUGAUUAGACAAAGCGUGAAGAAAAUACUGCGGCUCGUUGCGACGCUGCUGAGAGCGGACGUCAAGGCCGGGCUCACGUGGCCCCUUUUCAUGACUGCUUGUCAGCUGGAUCCUACGGAGGAGCUAGAGUGGGCCGCGGAAGAUCUUGACGAUGAGGAGGUGCCUCGCCACGCGCGGCCUUUCAUCUUGUACGCUCUGGACAAGCUGUCGGAUUCCCUCUCAAACGUCACAAGAACGAGGUUUGUCAUUGAAAAAGUGUGGAAGCAGCGAGAGGCUGCGUCGUUUCUGUCUUCAGAUCGACAGCUCUCGCCCAGUCCAAAGGCGUUCAACGAUUGGGCUCGUUUCGUCGCGCCGCACUGCCAUAACAUCAGUCUCGCCUGA